CAAAAGUACAUGCGCGAACGGCAUCCGGCACACGCUUGCAGCUAGACGGCGAGUUUGAGGCUAACGUAACGAUGAACGGAACGACCAAAUUCGUAACGAUCCGUGUUUUUCCAUCGGAUCUAGAACUGUUAGGAGCAGACUUGGUGCAUAAUUUCUCUCUAGGAACGAUACCGAUGGAUGCAUUCUGUAACAGAAUCGAGGGCGAAUCUGCUAAAUGGGAGAGCAGAUUCCCUGCUGUUUUCAACGGCACCGGUUUAUGCACCAAGGCGAAAAUACAUCUGCAAGUGAAAGAAAACGUACGUCCUACUUUUUGUCCGAAGCGCCCGGUUGCUUACGCGAUGCAAGCAACCGUCGAAAAGGAGCUUAAUCGGUUGGAAUCGCUAAACGUAAUCACGCCAGUCGACUAUUCAGAGUGGGCUGCGCCGAUCGUCGUCGUUAGAAAAGGAAACGGCAGCAUUAGAAUCUGCGGAGAUUAUUCGACGGGACUUAAUUCUGCGCUCCAGUCUUACGAAUACCCUUUACCGCUCCCUGACGAUAUUUUCGCGAAGUUAGCGCAGUGCAGAUUCUUUAGUAAAAUUGACCUGUCCGAUGCGUUUUUGCAGGUCGAAAUCGAUGCGAAAUACCGUCCCCUGCUCACCAUAAAUACGCACCGUGGCCUAUACCACUACAAUCGAUUACCACCGGGCGUAAAGAUAGCUCCGGCCGCGUUUCAACAACUAAUCGAUGCAAUGCUCGCGGGAUUGAAAGGCACAUCCGGCUAUAUGGAUGACGUAAUCGUUGGCGGUAAAACGGAACGCGAGCACGACGAAAAUCUCCUGAACCUUUUUCGCAGAAUCCAGGAGUACGGUUUCACAAUCCGUGCGGAAAAGUGUGCGCUAAAAAUGCAGCAAAUUGAGUAUCUGGGUUUCAUCGUUGAUCGUCGUGGCCUCAGGCCAAACCCAGCAAAGAUCGACGCUAUCCUCAAGCUGCCGGCACCAACAAACGUUAGCGAAGUCAGAUCAUACUUAGGCGCAGUAAAUUAUUAUGGUAAAUUUGUUCCGAAAAUGCGCGACCUAAGGUAUCCUCUAGAUGUGCUCUUACAGAACGAAAGCAAAUUCAUCUGGACUCGCGAAUGCGAACGCGCUUUCACACAGUUUAAAGAUAUACUGUCAUCGGAUUUGCUACUAACGCAUUAUAACCCAAACGCCGAAAUAGUAGUAUCUGCAGACGCAUCAUCGGUGGGACUUGGCGCAACUAUUAGCCACAAAUUUGCGGAUGGCUCAGUAAAGGUUGUUCAGCACGCAUCAAGGGCGCUCACGAAAGCUGAAGAAAAGUACAGCCAAAUCGACCGCGAGGGUCUUGCCAUCAUUUUUGCGGUUAAGAAGUUCCACAAGAUGCUCUACGGUCGGCAUUUCCGUCUGCAAACAGACCAUCGUCCCUUGUUAAGAAUAUUCGGGUCAAAGAAAGGGAUUCCAGUUUACACGGCUAACAGACUGCAACGUUUCGCACUCUCUUUACAGUUAUAUGAUUUCAGCAUCGAGUAUAUACCCUCUGCGAAAUUCGGAAACGCUGAUUUAUUAUCCAGGCUGAUAAGCGAGCAUGCGAAACCGGAUCCCGAAUACGUCAUAGCCAGCACUGAACUCGAGGAUGAUGUAAGUUUUGUAGCCAUUCAAUCGUUAAAUGCAUUUCCUCUUAAUUUUAGAGACGUUGCGAACGCUACACGGGCUGAUCCGGUACUGCGCAAAGUUCACCACUACAUCAUGCAAGGUUGGCCUAAAAACAACGCAUACGGUCAAGAGUUGGCGCGCUUCUUCAAUAGAAGCGAAUCUCUCUCCAUGGUACGAGGAUGUAUUUUGUUCGGGGAGAGGGUAGUAUUACCUACCAGAUUACGCCACAAAUGUAUUAAGCAAUUGCAUGAGGGUCAUCCAGGAAUGCAGCGUAUGAAAGCGCUAGCCCGGAGUUACGUGUAUUGGCCGGGUAUGGAUGAUGACAUAGUGAACCAUGUUAGAGCGUGUCAUGCUUGUGCGAUUGCCGCAAAAUCGACCCCUCACACUAAGCCGGUAUCCUGGCCAUCCAGUAAACGCCCUUGGGAACGCAUUCAUGUCGACUACGCGGGACCGAUCGACGGCGAAUAUUUUUUGAUCGUAGUUGACGCCUACACGAAAUGGCCAGAGAUCAUCAAGACGAACAGUACAACUUCACCGGCAACGAUAGCGAUACUGAGGAGCCUUUUCGCAAGGUUUGGUUUUCCUGUGACGCUUGUAAGCGAUAACGGACCGCAAUUUUCUAGCGCUACAUUUUCGGAGUUUUGCGCAAACCGCGGGAUUCAACACAUCACCAGCCCGCCAUUCCAUCCUCAGUCUAACGGACAGGCUGAACGUUUCGUCGACACCUUCAAGCGGUCUGUGAAGAAAAUCAUGGAAGGUGGAGCAUCCCAUGCAGAAGCGCUUGACAUUUUUCUGCAAACAUACCGAGCGACCCCCAAUCCAGUGUUAGAGAAGCAUCGGUCGCCAGCGGAGGUAAUGUUCGGGAGAAAAAUACGAACAGCAAUGGAGCUGCUUAUACCACCUUCAACGCCGGAAGCAGAGCCAGCAGGACGAGCCUGUUCCUUCCAGCGCGGCGAUCUUGUAUUUGCCAAAUGGUACGCCCAAAAUUCAUGGAAAUGGAUUCCAGCAAAGAUCGUUCGCGCAUUAGGUAACGUGAUGUACGAGAUCGAAACGGAUGAUCACCGUGUACACCGCCGCCAUGUAAACCAGCUACGCAAAAGGGUUACAACCAGCUCGCACCAGUCGUCCUCGCCAGCAGCUCGCCACCAACUACCGAUCGACCUUUUAAUGGAAGGUACAUCCAGCGACGAACGGGCAGUGUCUGCUGGAAGCGCCAUAAAUGCAUCAUCGCCGAUAGAGGCAUUCCCCAGACCGGUACCUUUUAUACCUAGCCGACGUCAACAGCCGAGAGGAUCGCCACGCCGGUCUUCUAGGAUUAGAAGACCUCCGCGUAGGUUUGAAGGAUAUAGGCUGCAAAAUAAAAGGGGGAGAUGAUAUGGUCCACCCUGAUCCAUCGGUAGAUCUGUCACGGUAACUCACCGUUGACAAGCGACGGUCAGCGGUUGAUGUGUGAGUGCAAUCUACCGAAGGGUCAGCGUACGCGCUCGCUCUCGACACUCCGAUACUAGAAGGGCAAGUGAGCGGACCAGCAAGCGCGCGUAACGGAAGAGCAAGCCGGCUCGAAAUGUAUGUUUGUAAUGUUCGUGAAACGUGUGAAUAUAGUGUUAUGUUAAAGUACCUAAUCGUCUAAAUGUUCAAGUAACAUACGCGAAAGAAAAGAAACACAAAAAUAACCAUUCCUAUGCUAAAUGCGUCGAGAAGUCAAAGCGUUAGCUGUAGCUGUCGAACUACUACCGAGCUGCUCCUGAUCUCCUGAUCAUGAUGUGACAGGCGAUGGUUUACCGGUCUGCCGGUCCAUUUGCCGUCAGCUGUUCAAUCAUUUCUAUCAUA